UUAUAUUUUUAGUUUUUUAAUAUUUAAUUACUUUUAUAAAUAUUUUGCUAAUAAAAGACAGAAAGAGACAGAGCAGAGCACUGCUUUGUUUUGACUGAUAGUGGUGCUGGGAAUUGGACCCGGGACCUCAGAGCCUCAGGCCUGAAAGUCUCUUGCAGAACCAUUAUGCUGUCUCCCCCGAACAAGAUUUAUUGACUAUUACAGAGAACCAGAGCAUCAUUCUGGUCCUUGCACACUAGUGGGAACACCUAACCAGGUGCACCACUGCCUGGCCCCAUCUGUCCUGUUAAUUAUUUGACCUCCGAGACAGAAAGAAAUGGUGGGAAGAGAGACGACACCUGCAGCACUGGCCUGCUACUUGUGAAAUCCCCUUUCGCCCAGCAGAUGGGAACCAGGGACUGGAACCCUGGUCCUCACACAUGGCAGUAGUGGUUGGUGAUGGCAGCAGUAUUUCCAAGGGGAAAAUUUGCUCUUUAAAAGCACGAGCUGUCUUGAUUGACAUGGAAGAAGGGGUAGUGAAUGAAAUUCUGCAGGGUCCACUAAGAGAUGUAUUUGAUAGCAAGCAAUUGAUCACUGACAUUUCUGGCUCGGGAAAUAAUUGGGCUGUGGGCCACAAAGUCUUUGGCAGUCGUUAUCAAGAACAGAUUGUAGAGAAACUCAGGAAAGCUGCAGAGCACUGCGAUUGUUUGCAGUGUUUUUUUAUAAUCCAUUCCAUGGGAGGAGGAACAGGAUCUGGACUUGGCACAUUUCUUUUAAAGGUGCUUGAAGAUGAAUUCCCAGAAGUAUACAGAUUCGUGACCUCAAUUUACCCUUCCAGUGAGGAUGAUGUCAUAACCUCACCUUACAAUAUUAUACUGGCGAUGAAAGAGCUCAGUGAGCAUGCAGACUGUGUGCUACCCAUCGACAACCAAUCUUUAUUUGACAUCAUUAGCAAAAUUAACCUCAUGGUGAAUUCUGGAAAGUUGGGUUCAGUCGUGAAGCCAAACAGUCUGGUUACUUCAAGUGCUGGUGCUUUAAAAAAGCGACAGGAGAAGCCCUUUGAUGCAAUGAACAAUAUUGUGGCAAAUCUACUACUCAACCUAACAAGCUCAGCAAGGUUUGAAGGAUCUCUUAAUAUGGACCUUAAUGAAAUCAGCAUGAAUUUAGUUCCUUUUCCUCAGCUUCAUUAUCUGGUGUCAAGCCUGACACCGCUAUAUACACUGGCAGAUGUUCACAUUCCUCCUCGAAGGUUGGAUCAGAUGUUUUCAGAUGCCUUUAGUAAAGAUCAUCAACUAAUUCGAGCUGACCCCAAACACAGCCUCUACCUCGCCUGUGCCCUCAUGGUUAGAGGAAAUGUCCAGCUCUCAGAUCUUCGCAGAAACAUUGAGAGGUUAAAACCUUCUCUCCAGUUUGUCUCCUGGAAUCAAGAAGGCUGGAAGACCAGUCUGUGUGCAGUACCACCCGUGGGCCAUUCUCAUUCGUUGUUAGCUCUAGCAAACAACACAUGUGUGAAGCCUACCUUCAUAGAACUGAGAGAGAGAUUCAUGAGGCUCUACAAGAAGAAGGCUCACCUUCACCACUACCUACGAGUUGAAGGGAUGGAGGAGAGCUGCUUCACACAAGCUCUGUCGUCUUUAUCGACGCUCAUAGAGGAGUACGACCAGCUGGAUGCCACAAAGAGCAUGCCUAUGCCAGACGUACCGCGACUGAGCAUAGCUGUGUAAAUCAUGGCUCAGAAGUAGAGCUUGCUUUUUCCUCAACAGCAUCUUCCUCUAUGUCAUCUUCCCUUCUUAGCAUUUUUGUGAUUCAGGAAGUUCAGCUUGUUUCCGUAUUAUCAGCAAGUAUUUUGGAUCUAAGAGUGUUUUCUAUUUAAUCACAACUGGUUGAUGAUACCAGCAUAUGAAAUUAGUCAAGUUCUGAUGAUGUCUUUUUUUUUUCUUCUUUGUUUAUUUUUGUUUCACCAGAGCACUUUUUGGUUCUGGCUUAUGGUGGUGCUGGGGAUUGAACCUGGGAGCUCAGAGCCUGAGGCAUGAAAGUCUUGCAUGAUCAUUUUGCCCUCUCCCCAGCCUGAGUCUUAAUUUCUUUUUUUUUUAAUACUUAUUUAUUUAUUCCCCUUUUAUGUUGCCCUUGUUUUUUUAUUGUUGUAGUUAUUGAUGUCGUCAUUGUUAGAUAGGACAGAGAGAAAUGGAGAGAGAAGAGGAAGACAGAGGGGGGGAGAGAAAGAUAGACACCUGCAGACCUGCUUCACCACUUGUGAAGUGACUCCCCUGCAGGUGGGGAGCCAGGGGCUCGAGCCAGGAUUCUUAUGUUGGUCCUUGCACUUUGCGACACCUGUGCUUAACCUGCUGUGCUACCACCCGACUCCCGAUAACUUAAUUUCAAACAUAGAUCAUCAGAAAAGUGCCCUUUUCUAAAAUUGAGACAGAAAGUUCUUCAGUAUUUUAUUUUAUUUAUUAGUUACCUGUUUAAUUGGGAAUUUAUACUAUGAUGAUCAUGUCUGCUGUAGUACAUGUUUAUUUGUAUUUAUUAAUAUCUUCAUAGUCAGUUUAAAUACUUAACUUACUGGGAGUAGAAAAUUCGCAGGUUAAACUAGUCGGGUAGAUGGGCUUUCUUAUAACUUAAAAAGAAAUGUUUCUUUUGGGUAAUGACUUAGUUGCACUCAGAAAAAUUACAGUUUAUAUUUAUUUUAAUGUGUGUUUGUAUGAGAUUUCUAAAUAUAUUUUUUUUAUCAGACCAGUUGAUUUUGUAAAAAUAAAUAGCACUGCUCUUGAUUUUGA